CCCCCGAGGGGGUUACGCAGACGAGGAGGGGCGUGGCCUUCCCACCAUUGGCUGAACUGCACAGUGUUUUGGCUCUUGGGCACGGGCCUCGGCGCGCCGAUUGGAGCUAGGCCUGCUUGUCUCCUUGCCUCGGUCAGCGGUCGGCCCCAGGGCUUCAGCGUUCGGUUCCCGGGUCCUGCACGUUCCAUUUCCAGGCGGGCCCGGGCUUUGGGGCCCGAGGGAUCCGCUACGUCUUCCGGUCGGUGCGCUGAAGCUGCGACGCAGGUACGGCCGGAGUGCGACAGGGCUCCCAUACCAUGGCAGAGUUCUCCCAGAAACGUGGGCAGCAGCGUGAUGAGGUGCUGGGUGGCACGGUGGACUUCCUCCUGGCCAAUGCCCGCCUGGUGCUAGGUGUGGGCGGGGCUGCUGUGCUGGGCAUUGCUACCCUGGCUGUGAAGCGGCUCAUUGACCGGGCCACCAGCCCUCGGGAUGAGGAUGACACCAAGGGGGACACCACUUGCCUGGAGGAGAGCUGGAAGGAACUGAGCCUGCUCAAGGCCACACCACGCCUACCACCCCGGCCCCCACCUGCUGCCCUCAGCCAGCCCGUGUCACUCCCAGGCCCCUCACCCUCCACCCCAGAGGGGCCUGCAGAUGCCGAGCCCCAGACGUCGCCUCAGCUUAGCUCCCCAGCACCAUUGUGCCUGACAUUCCAGGAGAAGCUGCUGGCAUUUGAGCGGGACCGUGUGGCCAUUCCAGCAGCCCAUGUAGCUCUUGCCAAACAGCUGGCUGGUGACAUUGCCCUCGAGCUGCAGGCCUAUUUGCGUAGCAAGUUCCGGGAAUUGCCCUUCGGGGCUCCUGUGCCCAGCGGGCCACUCUACGAUGGGCUGCAGGCAGGGGCUGCUGACCACGUGCGUCUCCUGGUUCCCCUGGUGCUCGAGCUGGGCCUGUGGAGCCUGGUACCUGGUGUGGAUACAGUGGCCAGGGACCCUCGCUGCUGGGCUGUGCGCAGGACUCAGCUUGAGUUCCGCCCCCGUGGGAGCAGCCCCUGGGACCGCUUUCUGGUGGGUGGCUACCUGUCUUCCCGUGUCCUCCUGGAGCUGCUCCGAAAGGCACUGGCCACCUCCAUCAACUGGCCGGCCAUUGGCAGCCUUCUUGGGUGCCUGAUCCGGCCCAGCAUGGCUUCGGAGGAGCUGCUGCUCGAGGUGCAGCAUGAGCGCCUAGAGCUCACUGUCGCUGUACUCCUGGCGGUCACUAGAACCGACACCGACCACCUCCUUCUGGCCUGGCCCCUGGAGGGGCUGUCUGGAAACCUCUGGCUGCAGGACUUGUACCCGGCAGAGGCUGCCAGGCUGCGGGCCCUGGAUGACCGUGAUGCUGGAGCUCGCCAGCGGCUGCUGCUGCUGCUGUGUGGCGUGUGUUGCGGUCACCCGGCCCUAGGGAGGUUGGGCUGGUGCCACCUGACCCAGGUGGUUCUGCGCCUCGGGGAGGAGGAGGAGGACUGGGCCGAGGAGGCCUUGGGGGACCGCUUCAUGCAGGCCCUGGGGUUGCUCCUCAGCAGCCUGGAGCGGGCCAGCCUGCCCUGCCACCUCAACCCCAGCGUGAACCUCCUCAGCAGCCUGCGAGAGGAGGAGAUUGACGACAUCGGCUACGCACUCUACAGUGGCCUGCAGGCUCCUGAGUGGCUGCUCUAGAUGGGUGGGGAAUGGGUGGCCAGCACGUGUCCUCAUGCCAGGGAGCCAAGAAUGCCUCCCUCCCAGGAAUUUGGAGAGCACGUUUUCUCUUGCUUUUAGCCAGAAUAAAAGUGCGUUGCCUGAGCCCACGGGGUUAGCAUGUGCAUGGGCACCAGUCACUGAAGCCUCAAGCCCAGAGAGCUCGGGUUGCUGUCUCCUAAGCAUGGCUGGGCCGCAUGUCCGGAAGCCUGGAGUCCACACCACUCCACACGCCCCCUCAGCCCCUGGGGCGCAUCCCAGGACCCUGGGCUUGGCCCACUAUCAUGAGCAGUGACCCAACUGGUGGAAUCAGGCUCCCGCCGCCUGGGCUCCAUUUUCUGCUGAGGGCGAGUCAGUGCUCCCCUUGGUGCCAGCCCCCGGCCUCUCUGGGCUGCCGGUGCUGGAUGGCAAUGUCUGUUGUAGCCCCUAGGGGCUGCAGUCAUCUGGUAUCCCCGGAAAGCAGCUUUCUGGCUGCCGUAAAGGCUGGCAUUCCCCACUGUCUGUCAGGUUUGCUGGGUUUGCCGUGUCCUCUAGCCUGCAGUGGGAGCGCUCUGAUACCCUACCCUGCCCGCCUCACACCUUGGGGGAAGGCCCUCCUUCCUCCAGCUGGGCAUUCUCCAGGCAGCAGAGGCCCUUGAGAGGGCUCCUUUCUGCUGGCAGAGUCCAGGUUCUCUGGGUUGCCGGUAGCCAAGGGUGUCCCACUAGCUGCUGGGCCCGGCCACAGGGCAGAGGCUGUGCCCUCCCAGAGGGGCUGCAUUGCGGGCUUGGCCUCCAUGAACUGCUCUCAGCUACGCCUGCUGCCUUCUCACUGGAGCCUGGCAGAGGUCAGGGAGGGCCUGUGCCCCUCCUGGGCAUCGGUCCUGCCUGGGGGAUCAUGUUCCUAGCAGCCUUUGCAUCAUUGCUGGUGCAAAGUCAUGUUUCAGAGAAUAUGAACAGGAAUAAAAGGAAAAACUCAAAACUUC